GGAAUGUUGUUUUUAGAGAGGCACAGAAGGCAGGAGAGUGUCUGAGAGAGUCAACCUAACCACACCAUUCUAAACCACCAGCAUUGACUCCAGGAUGGGUGAAGACUCCUCUCACGCUGAGCGAAGCACAGCCACCUUACCCAGGGACGAAAGCACCCCGACACCAGAUGCUCAGGAUUCUCAGGAUCUCCUAAUUCCGAGCUUCAGCCCCAGCUCGGUGCCCUCCUCACCUGUCAACACCCUUUCCCGUCUGGGCCCCAAGUCCCCCACCAGCCCAACGGCCACUGGCAGCCAAGUCAGCGCCAUCACGGUGGUGGCUCUGCUCGACAAGCUGGUGGUGAUGAUCGAGGCGGUGCAGGAGAACCAGCAGAGGAUGGAGAAGAAGCAGGCUGAGCUGGAGGGGGCGGUCAGGGUGGUGCAAGGCGACGUGACCCGACUUACUAAGAGCCACACGUCCACGGCCAACAGCGUGGCCAAGCUUCUGGAGCGCUCGCGCAAGACUGGCAACAACGUGAAGGAGGUGAGGGAGCGCCUGGAUAAACAGAGCAGCCAGGUGAAGCGUCUGGAGGCCAACCACGCCCAUCUGUUGAAGAGGAACCACUUUAAAGUAAUCAUCUUUCAGGAGGACAAUGAAAUCCCAUCCACUCUGCUCACUAAAGAUGGCUUGGCCUCCACCUCUCAGGAUGAAAUUGCUCCAUCUGCACCAACUCCGCUCACUGAUUUAAACCGCUCUCAAGAUGAGGGCCUGCAGACCAUCAGCCUCUCCUCCGACGACAAUGAGGAAAAAGGAGCAAUGAGCCCCCAGGCAGAGGGCGGCGAUGAUUCCCUGGUGGAUCUGCAUGAAGACAGCUUCCCAGGCUUGGGAAGUGAACAUCUGGAGCGUUCUCGUGCUGACAAAUUCAAGCGCUCCAGUCUGAAGAAGGUGGAUAGUCUGAAAAAGGCCUUCUCAAGAAGCAGCAUAGAGAAGAAGAUCAACAAGAUCGUGCCUCCAGAACAACGUGAGAAGAUCAAGAAAAGCUUCAUCCCCAACCACCCGAAGAGCACCUCUUCCAAGAGCUCAUCCUUCCGUGUCUCGCCAAUGACCUUCAAUGUUAAGAAGGUACGAGAUGGAGACGCCGACUCCUCCCAGCAGCCCGGAAGCUCACCCAGAAACCUCAGCCCGGUGGAGGUUCCCAACAUUGGGGGACCUGACGGCGAGCUGCCCCUGGCUGAGUUACACUCCCCAAGUGAAAAAGCAAACGGAGAUGAUCACCACAGUCCCUCCACACCACAAAGCACCGAUGGAGAGGUGUUCAUUACAGAUGAGGCUGGAGGUCUCGAGAACGGUCCAUCUGCAACUCUGGCUGAAGAGGAAGUGGAUAAAGAAGAUGAUGACACUGAUGAUAAUGAUGAAAAUGGUGUGGAAGAGGAGGAGGAGGAGAAAGAAUCAAGACCCGCAGAAGAAGUGCCCGUGUCUCCGCCGUCGACUUCAGCUACCAUUGAGCUAACUUCUUAAAUAUAGCUUUUUCUAGCCCUUUGACUUCCAUCUACUUCUGAGACUUUGAGAAGCAUAGUUACUCACUUGUGCCACUGGUAUCUUGUGCCCAAGCUUGUUUAAUGUUAGCAUGUCUGCUGAAAUAAUAUAUCGCCCUGAAUUAACCCUAAAUAUAAUGUAACUAUAACCUAUUGUGUUAAGUUCAGAAAUUAAGCAUGUUCUUGUAGGAGGAAAUUCCAUUUAGGAUCCAUUCCAAAUGGAUUGUACAAAGGCCCAGAGAAUGGUACAGCAGUUCAGACCACUGUCACCACAAUGAUACACCGAAAUAGUUAUAUUUUCCUGUGGGAGCCUGUGAAUACCAUGAAAUUGACUGAACUGAAAUGCCUGAAAUCUCAUUCUCUAUCUUUUUUUCUUUGUGUAGGAGAGGCAAUGUGUGUGCCAAUCUGCCCUUUGUUAUGCUGGAGUCCAGACUCUCUUCUGUCAGUGUACAUAAGAUUUAGUAUUAAAUUGUCUACAAUAAAGUACUAUGGAAGUA